AUGGAUAUAAUAGCACAACACUACGGCGAAGAACUUUCAGAUCACUGGCCGCUCUCUGCACGAAUUUGUAUUGGGGCCCCCCGAGUGCAGCAGCAGCAGCUGCCUCGCCCGCGGAAGCAGCAGCUGCUGCGGGGCCUUUCUUUAUGUGUAGAUGCCUCUUAUAAAGGUUCUUCUUCUAAUCAGAAGAAGAAUCAGCUAACUAAGAAAGUUAUUGAAGCAGAGAAACAGCUCGCAGCUAACCAACUUGCAGGCUGGAGACAGAGUAGGGCUCCUUCUAUACUUGAGCAGACACCGGAAGUUAAAAGGCUGCAGCAACAAAGAGAACAAUACAAAAGAGCUGCAGCAGCAGCAGCAGCAGAAGCAGCAAAAGCUGCAGCAGCAGAAGCUGCUGCAACAGCAGCAGCAGCUGCUGCAGAAAAAGAAGCUGCAGCAGAGGCGGAGAGAAAGGCCCUGUGGGAACAGCAGAAGCAACGGGAACCGCAGCAGCAGCAGCAGCAGCUGGAGCAGCAAAUGCAGCAAAUGAGUAUUACUCAGGAAGACAGCGGUGUAGGGGUAGACGACCAGCAGCAGACAGCAGGGCAGCAAGAUGCUGCAGCAGCUUCGGCGUCUCAUGCUGCAGGGGAAGACAAGGCGAAGAAGAGUGUCCCCUUGGCAGCUCAGAGGGCCCGCGAAGCGAUGAAGGCCAGGCGAAAGCCUUUAAGGAUGUAA